UAUAGAUUGGCACAACGGCAGUGAAACGUUAAUGCGCCUGCACUUAGUUCAUUUAUCUGAUGUUGUGCGUCAAUUAAUAUAAUGUGGGAACGUGGACUUGGUUGCUGCAUAGGAUGGAAAGGACUUCAGGCAUGAGUUUGUCAGAUGAGCAUCCAGGAGUUUUCCAACCUGUAUUCUGGUGGACCGAUCAGAACGAAACCCCUGCUGUGGGGUCAGAGUCAUAUGCCACAGACCAGGGAAGGAGGAUGCCUUCCUGCAGUAAAACCAGCUGCCAAACAAACCAGAAACCUUCCCAGCAGGGAGUCGAAGAGGGUAAAAAAGAGGAGGGGGAAUUCCUGGUAUCUGAGGUUGAAGGGACUGUGAACGAGAGCCCCCGAAAGGUGAAAUGGAGUAUGAAUGGUGCAGCGGUUCAGGAUGUGAAUGAGGAGGAGCUGACUGGUUCUCUUUCGUUACACACUGAUGGGAGGAGCAAAGAGUGUGUGAAACCUCCAAACCCAGCAAGGAGAGUGGAUGAAUCCUCCCAAACCUUUGCUUGCUCUCAGGAUCCAUUCUCCUACACUGCAGACAUUGACCUGCACAGAUAUAUCAAGAAAUCUCACCCCAAGGAGUAUGUCAGACAGCUGAGGACUGGAUCUGUCAACACAACCCAAGAUUCACUAACAUCUGCUGGCCCCAGUGCCGCUCAGCCCAGUACAGACACACUCAGUACCCUGGAAGAAGCCAGUACAGACACACUGACAGUACGACAGGGUUCCCACGGUGAGAAGACUUUCAAUAUGAACAGAGACUGUAAAAUACACAGGCAGACUCGCACAGAGAAGUCCCAUCGGCGUUCUGAGUGUGGGAAGAGCUUCAGUCAUUCAGGACAACUAAAGAGGCAUCAGCAAAUUCACACAGGGGAGAGGCCCUACCAGUGCUCCCAGUGUGAGAAGAGCUUUAAUCAGUUAGGACACCUAAAGGAACACCAACGGAUUCACACAGGAGAGAGGCCCUACCAGUGCUCCCAGUGUGAGAAGAGCUUUAGUCGUUCAGGAAGCCUAAAGAUACACCAACGGAUUCACACGGGGGAGAGGCCCUACCUGUGCUCCCAGUGUGAGAAGAGCUUUAGUCAUUUAGGACACCUAAAGGAACACCAACGGAUUCACACAGGGGAGAGGCCCUACCAGUGCUCCCAGUGUGGGAAGAGCUUUAGUCAUUCAGGAAGCCUAAAGAUACACCAACGGAUUCACACAGGAGAGAGGCCCUACCAGUGCUCCCAGUGUGGGAGGAGCUUUAGUCAUUCAGGAAGCCUAAAGAUACACCAGCGGAUUCACACGGGGGAGAGGCCCUACCAGUGCUCCCAGUGUGAGAAGAGCUUUAGUCAUUUAGGACACCUAAAGAUACACCAACAGAUUCACACAGGGGAGAGGCCCUACCGGUGCUCCCAGUGUGAGAAGAGCUUUAGUCAUUUAGGACAACUAAAGGAACACCAACGGAUUCACACAGGGGAGAGGCCCUACCUAUGCUCCCAGUGUGGGAAGAGCUUUAGUGUGUUAGGAAUCCUCAAGAAGCACCAGCGGAUUCACACGGGAGAGAGGCCCUACCAGUGCUUCCAGUGUGAGAAGAUCUUUAGUCAUUUAGGAAGCUUAAAGGAACACCAACGGAUUCACACAGGAGAGAGGCCCUACCAGUGCUCCCAGUGUGGCAGGAGCUUUAGUCGUUCAAGAAGCCUAAAGAUACACCAACAGAUUCACACGGGGGAGACGCCCUACCCAUGCUCCCAGUGUGAGAAGAGCUUUAGUCAUUUAGGACAUCUAAAGGAACACCAACUGAUUCACACAGGAGAGAGGCCUUACCCGUGCUCCCAGUGUGAGAAGAGCUUUAGUCAUUUAGGACACCUAAAGAUGCACCAACAGAUUCACACAGGGGAGAGGCCCUACCGGUGCUCCCAGUGUGAGAAGAGCUUUAGUCAUUUAGGACACCUAAAGAAGCACCAGCGGAUUCACACACGGGAGAGGCCCUACCAGUGCCCCGAGUGUGGGAAGAACUUUAGUGAGUUAGGAACCCUAAAGAAGCACCAGCGGAUUCACACGGGAGAGAGGCCCUACCAGUGCUCCCAGUGAUUAUCUCGAUUAGGACACAUUGAGAAGCACCACCAGACCCACUCAGUUGACAGUUCAUUAUCACAGUCAGUCCAAUAAGUUUGUUCUUGAAUUUUUCUAAAUUGUAUUUGUGAAAUAUCUGUAUGUUGGGUCCCCCUCUGUCCUGUUGAUAUUUAAGAUUUGACAAAUAUUCAAAGGCAGUGUUUUAUUAGUUACAAUAUAUUUUGAAGGUAGUCUUUGACUGCAAAGCAGUUUUAUAAACUGUGGAAAAAUUACACAGUUGUGUAUUUUACAGAAGAGGAUUCAGGCUACGUGAAAUAAAAUUCCGAGAAUUGAGGGGAAAAAGUCUGAAUCCUGACAUUACAGUCAGAGGCUGGCUGCAGACCACAGACCCCAUGCAAGACACAGAGCGGAGUACACAGAAGCCCUUUCCUUGUCUAGGAGUAUAAAUGGAGAUGUCAGUGUUGGUGGAAAAUGACAGAAUUGGUGGCAUUCCUGCACAUUAAUUGAUUGGGAACAUGAAAUAUUUAAUUUUAAGGAGGCUACAUGAGAAUGUUAUAUAGUGUAGUUUAUUAUUUCCAAAAUUUUGUGUGAACUUUGUGUAAGCAUCUGAACAAGAAUAAUUUUCAUCACAUGAGCUUUAA